AUGAUUGCUUUGAUCACACUUAUUGUUGUUGCAAACGCAGAGUUGAUUGAUAAUAAAGCUCCUCAACACAAAGAGGAAGUUAAAACAGAAGAAGUACCAAACCAAACACCAAUAAAGGAGGAGCUUGAGGUGGACGGACUUAAAAGACUCGAGGAGCUAUUGGUACACUUUUUAAAUUCGGUUGAUUUGUUCGAGGGAAAGGAACUGAGCAAAGAAGAAGAGAAGAAACUGCAUGAUGGUGUAUUUUCAAUGAAAGGAGGGUGGCUGUCUGUCUUGGGCGAUGUUGAGAAGAAAAAGAAAGUUGACGAAAUGAUUGGGAUUGUCAGUAAACGAAUUCGAACGUUUGACGAAAAGAGCCAAGCCAAAGAUUUUAUUGGAAAGGCUUUAUCACAUUUUCAACAUGGAUUCCAGGAGAAACAUACAAUCAAACAUGCGCUUAAAAGAGUAAUGAAAGAGUUGAGAGUCGGAGAUAAAAACAUAGAGAAAUUCCCAAUUGAGAUCGGAGAAAAAGAGUGGGACAUUAUUAAAAACGUUCAAAUCGAGUUUUCACCGGUUUUUGAGGCACUCAAUUCACUUGAAGAAAAGUUGAUGGAAUACCUCCGAAGGAAAGACUUCAAGGAUUAUGUGUACGAUGUUAAAAUGAUCGACAUGGACAGAGGAUUCAAUUUGUUUGGAAAUUUGGGUUCACUGCUCAUGGGGAUACUUCGUAACUUCACUGAUUCUGUGAAGUCUGAAAUUGACAGAGAGCGAUUUGAUGAUAAAAAAGAACAAGAAGUUGUUGAGAAAAUGGUUGACAGUGCUAAAAAUGUAAUUAAAACAGCUUCGAGUAAGUUGAAAGAGGGAAUUGUUUUUAUUAAGGAUGUUGUCGUGUUUCAGGUAAAACUUUUUGAAGCUAUUCUCGAGAGUAUAGACAAAGCCCAACUUAAUGAGGAGAAACACCAGUGA